CAACCCCUCUCUGUUCCUCCACCUCCUCUACUAUCUGCACUUUCUGUCUUUUCAUUCUCUGGUUUCUCUUAUUUUCUCGACGAAUUUUCCCUCUUGCCAAACAAAACAAUGGUGAGGGAUGAUUUGUGCAUAAAAGUGCCUAGUUUUUUCCGCUGCCCGAUAUCACUGGACGUGAUGAAAUCCCCUGUUAGUCUGUGCACCGGAGUCACCUACGACCGCACUAGCAUCCAACGGUGGCUCGACAGCGGCAAUAACACUUGCCCUGCAACCAUGCAGGUCCUCAAGAGCAAAGAGUUGGUCCCCAACAGCACCUUACAACGCCUCAUCCAGAUCUGGUACGACUCGGUGCAGCACCACCGUAGCCACCGUGUCAACUCGGCAACUAACCCAGUUUCCUCACAGGAUGAGGUCAAGUGCAUAGUUAAGGACAUUGAAACGAAAAAAGAACUAGAUCACUGUUGUUUCGACGCUUUAUCAAAAAUUCAGUGUUUCGCCGAAGGAUCCGUGGAGAACCAGGAAUUUCUAGCAAAAAUGGACGGAUUCGUGCCAAUGCUUCUUGAUUUUCUGGCCGAUAAUAAAAGCAUUGACUUCAUUGAGCAAGUAAUUAGGGUUCUAGAUUUGAUCUUAAUCAAAAUCGGAGAUUAUAAGGAGUUAAUGACAUUACUAUUGAAGAACAAAAAUAUCGAUUGCUUGUCCUCGCUCCUUCUCGUUUUUCAACGAGGAAGAAGCAUACACUCAAGAAUUGGAUCGGUGAGAAUUGUAGAAUCAAUCGCCAUGGAUGGAGAAUCGAAUUUGUUGAUCGCCGAAAAGGAUGGAUUAUUACCCGAAUUAGUAAAAUCAAUCGGCCUAGAAAACUAUCCGAGCUUGAUUGAAGCGAGCUUGUCAUGUUUAAUCGCGAUUUCAAAGGCGAGACGUGUCAAAGUUAAGCUAGUACAUCUCAAAACAAUUCCAGAAUUGAGAAACAUACUAACGGCAGACCCAAACACGGGAGUUUCAAACUUAAUCACCGAGAAGGCGUUGAAGCUGCUUGAAACGGUGUCGUCCUGCAAGGAAGGGAGAGUAGAGAUGUGCAGUGACAUGGCGUGCAUAGAAGCAGUGGUUCAGAAGGUGUUCAAAGUAUCGGUAGAGGCGACGGAGCAUGCGGUGACGAUAUUGUGGAGCAUCUGUUAUUUGUCUAGGGACGUGAAUGCUCGAGAGGCGGUGACGAACAGUAACGGGCUGACGAAGAUUUUGUUGCUUAUGCAGAGUAAUUGCUCGCCGACGGUGAGGCAGAUGGCGGGGGAUUUGUUGAAGAUUUUCAGGGUGAAUUCAAAGUCAUGCCUUUCCAGUUAUGAUACUAAGACUACACAUAUUAUGCCGUUUUGAUUCGAAACGUCAUUGGAUGGGAUAUGUGCUAAAUGUUAACCUUUUCUUUUUUUUCUUUUUCUCUGUUUCUCUCUUUUUGGUGCAAGAAAUUGAGAGAGGGAGAGAGAGAAAGAGUAGAGAAUCGCAUUGUAAAUCCAAAAGGAAAAAUUUUUUGUUUUGUUAAUACAAGAGAGAAUCAAAUCAAAUUCAA